GACGUCACGGGCCUGCAGGGACGGACGCCGCGCUCCCGCCGCUGGAGUUUGCGGCUGAAAGUUUGUCGCGGCCGCUCGAUGUGAAGGAAUGUGAGGCGGCGAGAGCAGCAGAAGGAGAGGCACUGGGCCUUGAGCCUGUCGAAAAUUGAAGAUGGCUGCGCAAGUGCUCGAGCAGUCUGGUGGGACCAGUAUGUUUUCUCGCUCCACUGUUGGAAUUUCUUCAGAUGAGGAAAUAUGUGGCCUUAAUUAUCUUUCCAAGAAUGACUUGACAGCAGCACCACAGCUGGUUAUGUUGGCAAAUGUUGCAUUAACUGGUGACAUAAGCUGCUAUGACUACCAUGGCGAGGUUAGACAGAUGGCAGAAUUGAAAACGGUAAACAGCAAUUUAUCUGACAAUGAGGAUGAUUUGAGAACUGAUGUCAAUGAUGCUUUGCAAUCUGAAAGUCUAAGUGCAGAAGAACAAGCCCUGCCAAGUGUUGCAACAAAGGACAAUUCUGAGAGUUUUUCUCGAGACACUGGUGACUCAGGUACAGAUUCAACAGAAAUUGUAAAUCAGGAGAACUUGGCUGACAAGAGAAAAAAACCAAAACCAUUUCGCUGUCGCCCAUGCCAGUAUGAAGCUGAGUCCAAGGUGGAGUUUGUGCAUCACAUCAAAGUACAUAGUGCCAAAAAGUUUAUUGUUGAGGAAAAUGCAGAAAAGCAAACAAAAUCCAAAGUUCCAGAUCCUCUUCCUGAAGAAACUGAUAUUUCUAAAGGUCCCAUUCGUUGUGACAGAUGUGGGUAUAAUACAAACCGAUAUGAUCAUUAUUUGGCACAUCUAAAACAUCAUGACAAGGUUGGGGAGAACGAGAAAGUUUAUAAAUGUACCAUCUGCACAUACACUACGGUCAGUGAAUAUCACUGGAGAAAGCAUUUGCGGAACCACUUUCCUCGGAAGAUUUAUACUUGUUCACAGUGCUCUUAUUUCUCAGACAGAAAGAAUAAUUAUGUGCAGCAUAUGCGAACACACACAGGUGAACAGCCUUAUAAGUGUCCACAGUGUCCUUACUCAAGUUCUCAGAAAACUCAUCUGACCAGACACAUGCGUACGCAUUCAGGUGAGAAGCCAUUUAAAUGUGAUCAAUGUAACUACGUAGCAUCAAACCAGCAUGAGGUGACACGACACGCCAGGCAAGUUCAUAAUGGACCCAAACCUUUAACUUGUCCUCACUGUGAAUAUAAAACAGCUGAUCGCAGCAACUUCAAAAAGCACGUUGAGCUCCAUGUGAAUCCACGUCAGUUUCUGUGCCCUGUCUGUGAGUAUGCAGCUUCCAAAAAAUGCAACUUGCAGUAUCACAUCAAGUCUAAGCAUCCGCACUGCAGUGAUAUUACCAUGGAUGUGUCAAAGGUGAAGUUGCGCACCAAGCGAGUUGAGCUAGACAUUCCUGUUGCUAAAAUGGGAAAGAAAAUGUCAGACAAACUGCAACCUAAAAGAGCUGAGAAUCCAGAGGAGACGAUUGCUCCCAAAGAUGAUAAAAGUACAUCUGUGUCAAAGGAGCAAGGUUUUACCUCAAAGAGUCAAAGGAUAAAGACCCGAAGUCAUACAGUUUCUAAUAACAAGAUCCCAUCCAAAAAAAGGGAAACGAAUGCAGAGAAGAUCAAGAAAAUAAAAGGUAGCAAAAGAAAGGUUUGCUCAACAGAUGUGCCUUUGCAGGAGAAGUCUGUAGUUGAGACCCAUACAGAGGUGAAAAAGAGGAAAAUAUGGAAAACUAAAGAGUUUGUUGAACAUGAAACAAAGAGAAGCAAAGUCAAAUUAGAAAAGUCCUUGCACAAGAAAAAUCUUAAGUGCAAGCAAAGUCAGAAGAAAAACAAAAAGAAUAAAAAUACUCAUGUAAUUUCUGCUGAUGAUUCAGAAAAGAAUAAGAAACGGCGUGAACAUCAGCCAAAUCUGUUGAAAAAGAAAAGAGAUUAUUCCAGAAGCUCUUCAUUCAGUAAUCCUAGUACUGAAAAUGUGCAUGAGAGAGAUACCCAAGAUUCAGAAUCAAUGUUAGAUAUUCUGAUGACUGAAAUUUCAGUGAAUACUGCUGUUGAACAAAAUGAUAUGCAGUUUGUAAAAAGUACCUGUGAAAUAUUGUCAACAAUUUCAAAAGAGUCCCAAAUGUCUCCUGAUCAGUUAACUGACUCUAAGUCAAAGGAACACAUGUUUAUUGAAAAAAUGAACAAAAAUGAGUUUCUUUCUGUAGAAGAACCUCCUGUAGUUAACACAGAACAAAUUUGGAUUCCUUCUCAUAGUUCUGGGAAGAGAGAAUAUGUAACUAGCUCAUCCAAAAUCUGCAACACAGAGUCAAAAGUGAUGAGUGAAGAGUCUAACUUAACUUCUGAUUUUGAACAAGAAAGGGCUAUUCAGGUGAUCAAUAUUGAAUUUCCUAUAUCAUACAAUCAAGAUAAAGAUGAGAAUUGCACUGGUCACCAGAUGGAAGUCCAGGUUAAUGCCAAUGAGCAGGAGGAGGCCCAGGCUAUUGGCAUGCAAAUGGCCACCCAGACUAGCAUGGUUGAGCAGAUGGAGGUCCAGGCUCAUGCCAGUGAGCAGGUGGAGGUCCAGGCUAAUGGCGAAGAGCAGGUAGCGGUCCAGGUGAGCACGGUUGAGCAGGUGGAGGUCCAGGCUAAUGCCGGUGAGCAGGUGGAGGUCCAGGCUAAUGCCGGUGAGCAGAUGGCGGUCCAGGCUAAUGCCGGUGAGCAGGUGGCGGUCCAGGCUAAUGUCGGUGAGCAGGUGGCGGUCCAGGCUAAUGCCGGUGAGCAGGUGGCGGUCCAGGCUAAUGCCGGUGAGCAGGUGGCGGUCCAGGCUAAUGCCGGUGAGCAGGUGGCGGUCCAGGCUAAUGCCGGUGAGCAGGUGGCGGUCCAGGCUAAUGCCGGUGAGCAGGUGGCGGUCCAGGCUAAUGCCGGUGAGCAGGUGGCGGUCCAGGCUAAUGCCGGUGAGCAGGUGGAGGUCCAGGCUAAUGCCGAUGAGCAGGUGGAGGUCCAGGCUAAUGCCGAUGAGCAAAUUGAAGUCCGGGCUAAUGCCGGUGAGAAGAUUGAAGUCCGGGCUAACAUCUGUGAGCAGCUGACAGUUCAGGCUGACCAGAAAAUGUUGAAGUUUGCUAAUGUUCCAGCUAACCAUGAUAAACUCCAGGAUAGUGCUAAUGAAGUCCAGGAUAGUGAGACUAACCAGCACAAGCUCCAAUGUCGUAGUGAUAAGAUCCAGAAUAGCAAAGAGGAUCAAAACAAAAAACAGGACAAGUAUGAGAUGGUAGAAAUGGAUGAAGAUGAAGGUAUUCACAGCCAUGAAGGAAGUGAUAUCAGUGAAGAUUCAGAAGGAAGUGAUGAUUCUGGCCUAAAUGGAGCAAAGUCCAUUCCUGGCGACAAGACCAACAAAAGAACACUAGAAAAUGAUGUGGUGGAAGCUCCAGAGAGUUUUGUUUGCAUAUUCUGUGAUCGCAUGUUCAGUGUGAAAGGAGAGUUUACCAAGCACCUUAACCGCCACUUGGUAAAUGUGUACUAUCUUGAGGAAGCAACAAAAGGCCAGGAAUGAGCAGAGGCUUGAGAUUUGGCAAUCUUUCCCAGAAUAUUAAUAAUUGCUAUGAAGUGAUACAGUUCACAUUAGUGCAAUUGGAUUUGGGAUAUUUUGCUAAACACCUCAAUUGUUCAUUGCUGUAACUGCAUGUAUUUCCUGCUUUUUCAAGUUUCUGGCUAAUACUUCAGAGGUAGUACAACAGCAUUCAUUCACACAUGGUGGCUAAAUAUAUUAAUCAUGCUUUGUAGCAGUUUAAUCACCACUGAUUUUGAAUUUUCAUUGCACUAUUAUUACUCAAGAAAUUUAUUUCAUUUAAUCUAUUCUGUUCCACCCCAUUGUAAAUAUUGGUAACACUGGACAUUGAAUUUAUUUUGUUUUUACAUGACCCAGGGUUUAAGCUGAUACACAAUGAUUAUUAUAGCUGUUCAUAAUUUUAAAAAACUCAAGGUAAUGGUUGAAUGAAAGAAAUUAUGUCAGAUGUUUGAUUUGGAUAUUUCUAAUGGCAAUGUUAAAAUGAAGACCUCUCAAUGAGUAGUUUUGCAUUUCGUGGGCAUUUAAUGCAUCUGUACUGAAAGUGUAUUUUAAUUUUGAUGUACAAUGCGUGGAAUUAGCCCAUUUUCAUUGAGUUACAUUAACAAUAUUACAUAGUUUUCCCAUUUUAGUUUUGAAUCAUAACAAACAUUUUUACAUUGACAGUUCAGAGAGCAUUCUCAAGGUAACAUGUUAAAAUAUCCUGCUUUUCAUUCAAGUCACUGAAGUGAGCACUUUGUAAGAUGAUAUCACAUCUCAAAUAGCUAAUGUUACAGGCCAUGAAAUUGUUUUAGGAGUUUGUAGCAAACAGUUCUCAGCAGCCACAGAGGAAAAUGAUCCAAUAUGGUGCUUUACAGCUUAUAAAAUUGCACGAUAUAAUUAAUCAACUAUGCAAUAUAAUUAAAUAGUAGUAGUUUAUAUAUAGUAAUGUUUUUUUCUGUAUCAUGUUUUUAUAUUUGUAUGUUUAACCAGCAUUUGGGACUUGACGAUUAACCAAACCACUGUGCCACAAGCUGUUUGGGGGAAAUUGUCCUGGUAAAAUGCUAAAAUAUGUUCCAUCUGUAUUGAACAUUGACACAGUUUUCAAAAGGUGAAUGUCAAGCACCCCAAAUAAGCAGAGGUGUAAAAAUCGCUGUCUUGCAUCCUUUUUUAGCUGAAGAGCUAUAUUUCAAUUAUGCUCUCUUGCUGGCAUUCUGUGCUGUAGCACGUAGAGCUUUUGGCAACCUGGAUUUUCCUUGUGGCCAUUUGUAGAUCGGUUAUUAUAAAUGGAAUUGAUUUUGUCCCAAUUUAUUGAGGUCAUCUGUUUCUAAUUAGUGCACCAAGUAUAAUGGCCUUUUCUUUAUACAAGGACCUUUCGCAGUUUUGAUGUUGCACUCAAUUCUUAGCUCCCUGUGUACACAUUGAUGAUUUUGUAGAUCUGGCAGAAUUAUUGGAAUGCAACGCGUUGAAAGAUUUGCUCACCUCUGAUCUACUUAGUUUGUGAGUUGAUAUGGCCAAAGAACACAAAUUACUGUGAUUACCAUGUGUUUUUUUUCUUCUGACUUGAUGAUGUGUAAACUGUUUGGAGUAGCCACUUUCGUUAAAGAAUAUGGAGAACAGUUUAAAUGCUGAAAAGCAUUUUCUUUGCUUUGACAAUCAUGUUGACAAACUCAUUGUAUAUCUGUGAUCAAAUUACAUUGAUUUUUAACUGUAAUUUGCUUCAUAUAGUUUGUGGUACUCUCUAUAUAAGUUUUUGAAUUCAUUUUAGUAACGUACUAAAAUUUGAUUACAGUUAAAAAUCUGUGAUAUUACAGUUUAAAUAAUGAAUGCUGUAAGAGGUCUGGAGGGUCUGCUCAUGCUAAUAUGAAGCAUGCUUGUCCUUUUCAGUUCUAGAAUACUACUUAGCAUCCUCAUUUUGGUACUAAAAUGCUAAUGGAUACACCAGCAACCCAGUAUUUCCUGUGGUAGGUAGGUAGCACACGGCAAUUAUACAGAUAAAUAUUAUUUGUUUAACAUAAUUAGAAACUGCAGUUUGUCACAGUGGAAGAUUUGUGUCCAAUGUUGAAUCUUGCUCACCCUCUAUAAAAGCCAAUUGAACAGAAUUGGUUAGUUGAAGUGUGAUUUUUUUUUUAAAAGAAAAUUACUUUCCAAUUCCAAAUUUACACGCUGUGCAAAAUGGCAAUAGCAUAGGGUAAGAAGGAAAAAUCCACCGUUCUUACUACUGAAUUCAGCAAUAAGCUUUGAUUUUUUUUUGCCUGCUCCCUGGUAAUGAGAUCAUGUCACAAGACUAGUGACAAUGCUGUAAACUUUAUUCAAGAACAAACCUUCCACUAUAAGGGAGAUUUUUGUGUCCUAUAUCCAGGUGCAUUGUUUCACUUGGGCACAACAAAAAUCAAAAGGAUUGGAGUAGGUGUGAAAGGAAUCUUGCCUGUUUUUCUGAUUGUUGAUGAUGAUCAGUAGAUUUCGGAAAAUCUGCACACGUUCUACUGGGCAGCCAUUAAUUAAUAAAAGUCUUACAUAACCAAGUGUGAAAUCUGAUCUCUUCAGUAAUGGACAGCAGCUUGCCAAAAUUGUAAUUUUGUUGUUUAACUACAAAAAAAUUAUUAAAGACAAAAUAGUUUGCAUAAUCAAUAAUUAUCUCUGCGCUCAAAAUCUUGAUCCAUUGUAAGAAUGCUGAGUGCGGCCUGCUAAAUAUCAGAUUUUGAAGGUCUUACAAAGUGUUGAAUGUAUGCACUUUUCUGUGUAAUAUUAAAAAUAUCAGAUGGCAUCUCUAGAUUUUUAAACAUGUUCAGUUUCUAUUCAAACAUUUGAAUUACAGUUGCCAACAACAGCCAAGAAAUUCCUGUAGAUUUAGCUUUUCUGUUAAUGAUACUCUGCAGUAUUGUCGGUAUUAUUAGAAUCUUAGAGCCCAUUGUGUCAGUGACAACUGAAAAAUUUAACUCUUCCCAUUCUCCUGUUAGUUCCCCACAUCUUUGCAUAUGUUUAUUUGCAGGUAUCCAAUAUUGAAAGUUACUAUUGAAUCUUUUCCACCAUUUCAGGCAGUGUGCUUUAGAUUAUAACCAGUAUAAAGAAAAUGUUCUUCCUUUUAGCCCUGUUUCUUUUGCCAAUUAUCUUAAAUCUGUGACCUCUGGAAACAGCCUUCAGCCAGUGCAGCAGAGUUGAUGAGGUGAAACUAUCGAAUACAUCUUCUAAAGCAGUUUGGGUAGCAAGGUUUGUAAGACAACAACUGUGUCAAAGAAGGGGAAGUGGGGUGUUCAUGGCUCAGUUUAUGAAUCUGUUCAGAAUUCAAAAAAAUCCAACUGCUACUUCUAAUGUACUCAUGGUGAUCGUAUUUGAUACAAAGCAGAUUCAUUUAUGUGCUGGCACUGGAAUUUACCAGGAAAGGAUGAGAAUUGAAUGAGAGAUUGGCAUAGCAGUGUAAUUGCUAAAUUCUUGUUGAAACAGAAUGUGUAAUGGAAUAAAUGACAGUUCCUUUGUAAUCAGUUUGCCAAUAAAAUUGGUUGGAAAAGCAGAGCACUUAAACUGCAUUAAAUCUGAGAGCACAACAGCUGUUGGUCCUUGACAUAAAGAAUAAUAACUUCAUGUGACAGUUGUUCCUGUGCUCUUUUCCACAAUGAAGAGCUAAGCCACGUAGUCCAGAGUGAAUUCAGUUUUAAUUCCCAGUCUGUGAUAUAGUGGAGACUGUUUAAAUACUUAAAGGCCUUGAGGGAAGAAGGUUUCCUCGGAUUGUUGCUUCUGAUCUUUUGUGAAAUACGUUGGUGCUGAUGUCAGGUGAGGAAGGAAUUACAUUUGGCCCUUGCAGUGAAGUUAGUGAUUUAGUUUUCAACAAACUGAGGAAAAUAACAUGUGUACUACUUAUCUUAAAACUUCACUGCAACAGGGUCUGGUGGUAUUGUAUGUCAUUUCAAAAUAUUUGUUGAUUUCUGAACUGUAAAAUGUUUGGUAGAAAAUGGAGUAUCAAGUCCAAGAACUUGCAUUUUUGACUUGGUCUUCAAUAUCUUCAUGUAGGCAUUGUAAAAUAUAACAAAAAAAAAUUAUGUUUUGGUCUGCAGUUAGUCACCGUUAACUUCACUUUGCCAGCAAUAACCUGAAGGAGCUUCUGUUAUUUGGGAGGCAGGAGAGAUCAUAUUAUUUAGUCUUGGUGGGGGAGGAGAGGAAUCAUACAAUUAUCCAAGUUGUAGAAGGAAUAUUUAACAAGAAAUAUUUGUUGACUCAUUUUAUGCAUUCUCUGGGUGUAGGUAUUGCUGGUAGGAUCAGCAUCUGUUGACCAACCGUGUUCUCCUUGAGAAACUGGUGGUGAGCUGCUGUCUUGAACUACUGCAGUCAUUAUGGUAAUAGUCCACCUUCUCUGAGGGUAGAAUAAUAUCAUCAGAACAUCAUAUGCAGUCUUAGCACACGUUACAUUGCAUACUAAAUUUGCCAUGUUUGUUGAGUGGUUAGAAAUGAAGUAUGACAUAUGAUUACAGAGAUACCAAUGAGGAUGGAUAGCUAAUGACAGCAGGCAGGAACACUACAGAAAACCAGUAGGCUAAUAUUUAGCUUUGAGCAACGUUUAAACUGGAUAACUGCCAGAAUAACAAGCAGCAUGCAGAUGCUAUAGUAGUCACUGCUCUAAGAGACCUCUACAGCAUGAUUCACAAAAUAUUUUGGCUGUUCUGUACAAAAGCACUGCCAUUGGUGCUGGAUUAAAAUGGAAGCUUAUUAGUAAUUCAGAAUUGUUUUACAGCAUUAUCUGUGCAAUACUUCUGUUUUUCUGAAGAUACCAAAGUUUAAUAGAUAACCUACUACUGUACUUCACUCUUUUCAGAAUAAUAAAUAGAAUUUUGAUUUCAAGGGUAAAUGUUUGUCAAAGAAAAUGACUCCGACAGUUGUGUUGGACAGAAUAAAACUGUCACAGUUUUAGUACAAAGACUAUGUGUAUAAAGAGGAUAUUUUUCACUAUUUGCCAUUUUGUUAACUAAAGUUAAAAUGAAAACUAAUUUCUUUCUGUAACUUUCUAAAAAGCAUCAUAGUAUUUAGCAAAAUGUUUGCUGCAUUAAAGUUUUGAGAGCUCAA